AUGGUCCCUCAGAGACUUGAGUGGUCGUAUGACAGAACCACUCAGAGACCAUGGGGCCUCCCUCAUCUCCAGGCUCUGAUGCACAGGUCAAAGACCGGCUUUGUGUCUCCCAUCCGAAGGCUGGUGUUCCCGAAGGCUGCUCGCCAGGCUGCCUUCAGGAACCAUGUCAGUCGCCCGCCCCUGCACUCUAUGCCUCUGUAUCCUCCUGACUACCUCAUUGACCCCCACAUCCUGCUGUGUGACUACCUGGAGAAAGAGGUCAAGUUCCUGGGCCACCUCACCUGGGUGACUUCCUCACUGAACCCCUCCAGCCAAGACGAGCUCCUGCAGCUGCUGGACAUUGCCAGGGAGGUUACAGUCAGCAAUCUGGGAGUGGGACUGAAGAUAACAGAAGUCGUACUGGAAGGCAGGGAUGCUGAGACCAGGGUCACCGUCCAAAUGAAGGGUCUGGGCGUGGACGCCAGCCCCGAGCGACGCCACACCAUCUGCAGCCUGGACUGGCGCAUGGCGUGGGGCGGGGGUGCGGGCGCCGAGGCCCGGGCGGCGGGCGGCGGCGGCAGCCUGGAGCGGCAGCGCGCGGGAGCUCGGGCGUCGGGCAGCUGGGAGCGGCGACAGACGUUCAGCGGCAGCUGGGAGCGGCGGCACGCGGGCGGCGGCGGCGCGGGCAAGCCCGGCGGCAGCUGGGAGCGACGCCACCCCGGCCCCAACCCGCUGGAUCCCCAGAACCCCAGCCCCGACGCCUACUGCAACCUAGUCAUCCUAGCUGUGGCCAACAGGGAUGCUGCUGAGGAGUCCUGUGCACUCAUCUGUCAAGUCUUCCAGAUCAUCUAUGGGGACCAGAGCAUCGAGUGUGUAAACCGGGCUGGCUACCACUACAGAUCCACGCCCAAGCAGCCGUGGCUCUCCAGCUUCAGUGAGAGCUGCUGCACAGAUGGGACGUUUGCCUACGACGCCGACUUGAGCUGCUGCAGCUCCUUCAGUGGUUCCCAGGACACAUUUGAAGCAUGUUACAGUGGUGCAUCCACCCCGUCUUUCCAUGGCUCCCACUGCAGCAGUAUUGACCACAGCAGCUGGGCCUUCGAGCAGCUACAGGAUUACAUGGUCACAUUGCGGAGUAAGCUGGGUCCCCCUGAGAUCCAGCAGUUCGCAAUACUGCUACGGGACUAUCACCUGGGGCUUCCUAUCCAGGACUUUUGUGCAGGCCUGCAGAAACUCUAUGGGGACCGUCGCAAGUUCCUUCUCAUUGGGAUGCGGCCCUUUAUUCCGGACCAGGAUGAAGAAUCGCUCCACCUACUGGCGGACAGAAAAGAUUUCCAAUUCAAGCCCCAGCUUUCUGCACUCCCGACCCAAACUCAAAACAAAACCAUUUUCAGAGCCCCGAGACCUCUCUUCAAUUUUACAGGCUGA